AUGGAAUCCCAGACGAACCGCACCCUCGGCCUGGGCGGCUGCGCUCCAAACGCCUCUCAGAUGGAGCAAAACUUUUCCCGCAACGGCGAGCUAAACCCGGCGAGCUAUUCCGCCUUCAUCAUGCCCACCCUCUUCGGCAUCAUCUGCCUGCUGGGCAUCGUCGGCAACAGCCUGGUCAUCUGCGCCGUCUUUAAGAAACCCAGCCCCGGCAGCAGCGUCCCCGACAUCUUCAUCAUCAACCUUUCCAUGGUGGACUUGCUGUUCCUCCUUGGCAUGCCCUUCCUGAUCCACCAGUUGCUCGGCAACGGGGCAUGGCAGUUCGGGGAGACCAUGUGCACCCUUAUCACCGCCCUGGACGCCAACAGCCAGUUCACCAGCACCUACAUCCUGACCGCCAUGACCCUCGACCGUUACCUGGCCACCGUCUACCCGUUCACCUCCGCCCGCUUCCGGAAGCCCGCCACCGCCAUCCUGACCAUCUGCACGCUCUGGGCGCUCUCCUUCCUCAGCAUCACGCCUGUGUGGAUGUACGCCCAGCUAAUCCCCUUGCCCGGCGGGCUCCUGGGCUGCGGGAUCCAGCUGCCGGACCCCCAGCGGGACAUCUACUGGUACACCCUCUACCAGUUCUUCCUGGCAUUCGCCAUCCCUUUCGCCGUCAUCACCGUGGCCUACCGGAGGAUCUUGCUCAGGAUGGCCAGGUCAUCCCAGGCGCUGACCGGGCAGAGAUGCACAAGGGUCCGGACCAAGAAAGUGACCCGUGUGGCCAUCACCAUCUGCCUGCCGUUUUUCAUCUGCUGGGCCCCCUUCCACGUCCUGCAGCUGGUGCAGCUGGCCGUCCACCGGCCCACCUUGCCGUUUUACUACGCCUACAACGUAGCCAUCAGCAUGGGCUACGCCAACAGCUGCCUGAACCCUUUCAUCUACAUCUUGCUGGGGCGGAACUUCCGCCGGAGGAUCGUGGUCGCCGUCCAGCCCACGGCUUUAGAAGAGGACUCCUCUCACAACCGGCUCAAGAGCGCGCGGGGAGAAGGCAGCGACUUGGGGCAGCCGCUGCUGCACUUGGUCUCGGUCUCAGCCAGAUAG